GGCGGUAGUGAAGCACUGAGCUCUUUCUGAUGAGAGAAAAAAAAACACAAACAACCAGACAAGAGAAAAACACACUAAACCAAGAUGGCGGUGCAAGAGACAGCAUCUCAACUGUCCAUGGCUCUCAAAGUCCAAGAAUAUCCCACCCUGAAGGUGCCGUACGAGACUCUGAACAAACGUUUCAGGGCGGCUCAGAAAAACAUCGACCGGGAGACGAGCCACGUGACGAUGGUCGUUGCCGAGCUGGAGAAGACGCUGAGCAGCUUCCCAGUGGUCGACUCCGUGGUGUCACUGCUGGAUGGCGUGGUGGAGAAACUCAGCGCCCUGAAGAGGAAGGCCGCAGAGUCCAUCCAAGCAGAAGACGAGAGCGCCAAGCUGUGUAAGCGUCGCAUCGAGCACCUGAAGGAGCACAGCAGCGACCAGCCGGCCUCAGUCAACUUGUGGAAGAAGAAGCGCAUGGACCGAAUGAUGGUGGAGCAUCUGCUGCGUUGCGGCUACUACAACACAGCCGUUAAACUGGCCAGACAGAGCGGCAUAGAGGAUCUGGUCAACAUCGAGAUGUUCCUCACAGCUAAGGAGGUGGAGGAGUCUCUGGAGAGGCAGGAGACGGCCACUUGCCUAGCCUGGUGCCAUGACAACAAGUCCCGCCUCCGCAAGAUGAAGAGUUGUCUUGAGUUCAGUCUGAGAAUCCAAGAGUUCAUUGAGCUCAUCAGACAAAACAAACGCAUGGAUGCAGUCAGACAUGCAAGGAAGCAUUUCAGCCAAGCGGAGGGUGGACAGUUGGAUGAGGUUCGGCAGGUGAUGGGCAUGCUGGCCUUCCCAUCAGAUACACAUAUCUCCCCAUACAAGGAUCUUUUGGAUCCAGCCCGCUGGAAGAUGCUGAUCCAGCAGUUCCGAUAUGACAACUACAGACUGCACCAGCUGGGGAACAACUCUGUCUUCACGAUCACCCUACAGGCUGGUCUGUCUGCCAUCAAGACACCUCAGUGCUACAAGGAGGAUGGUACCUCUAAGAACCCAGACUGCCCAGUGUGCAGUAAAUCCCUCAACAAGUUGGCCCAGCCGCUACCCAUGGCCCACUGCGCCAACUCCAGACUAGUCUGUAAGAUCUCCGGGGAGGUCAUGAAUGAAAACAACCCUCCAAUGAUGCUGCCUAAUGGAUACGUCUACGGCUACAAUUCCCUUCUGUCCAUCCGCCAAGAUGACAAAGUGGUGUGUCCCAGAACCAAAGAAGUCUUCAACUUCUCUCAGGCUGAGAAGGUCUACAUCAUGUGAUCACUCAGACAACCCGUCUGAGUAUGAUGGAAUACGGCCCGUCAUUCAUCACCUGUGACCCGGCCUACUCAGAGAGCCACCUGUGGAGCUGUGAUCCAGUGCCCCCCCACCCCAACCACAGACACACCCGGCAUUCUCCCAAUACAUGAUCAGCUGAAGUUCUCCAGUUCCCUUCCCCCUCCCAUUUUAUCACACAGAAACUGGGAUCCUUUCAGACUCUGUUUUAGACGUGGCUAGAGAACAAGAAGUUGAUUGAUCUGAUCCAUUCAAGCACAGGGACUAUCAACAUUGUCAUUUAUCUUCCCUCUCUCUGAAGUUUAGAGACUACAGAAAAAGGACUGAGGGGGUGAAAAAACUGCUAGGUAGUUAUUUGAUUUUAUUACAACAAAUAAAAAACUUGUUGAGGUUACUUUGACUUUUCACUAGUGGUGUUCCUUUGUUACUAAAAUAACAUGUGUCAGGACUGUGUUAACUCGCUCCAUUAACUUGAUUAACACGAGAUUUGUGCUUUUUAUUUCCAAAACAAACAUGGCUGACCUCCUAGUCAUGUGGUAGCAUCUCAUCCUGUGAUGCAUGCUGUUGACAUCCUUUGUCUUCUAGCCAUGUUUUUUGGUGGGUUGUUGGGGGGGAUAUAUGUUAAAUACCUCCUUUACUGCCUACUCUUUUUGCAUUUCAUCCCCCCCGCCCCCCUCCUGGUUGUGAAACCGGAGCCUGAUUCGGGCCGCAGUAGGCUCCUUUUCAAAUGUAAAUAUUAGAUAGGACUUGAUCAUCCUCAUGUUUAAAUUCAGGGGGUUUUGGGGGGACAAGUAACGACAAUGAAGAUUAACCUUCUACCGAGAUUGCUGUGUGAACUGAACAAGUCUUUUCUUGGGUGUUGUAAACCUGAUAUCGCCCACAGAACCCUCAAGUUGUUCAGUAAAACUUCUCAUUUCUGAAGAAUCUGAUGGUAAUAUUAAUUAUGGUGUAUUUACUACCAUAACGAAAUUUACGCAAUAUUCACACAAGAAAAAAACAACUUGGAUGUUUUUGUUUUUUUUAAUUGAACAAAUUGUCUUCCUUUUUUUGGUGUGUGAGGUUUCACUUCUCUUCAACCAAUUUCCUUUCUUCAGCUAAAAAAGAAAGAGUACAUUCAGAUGAAGCCCCUGGGUGUUUUUAAGUUCAUUCAACAUUGCCCAAAUAGUUUUAAUUUCUUAACUAUUUUUCCAACAAUGAACAAAAAAAUUAAAGAGACUGUGCUGAUAUUUUUUUUUUUUUCCAGUCUUGUGCUCUGCGUAUGUUGAAGCUGCAACACUCUACAGGGUUUACGUAGCAUAUAUGUACACCAACUGCUUCAACAUUACAUGUACUUUCAUGCACAUACAUACCUUUUAUUAGAGAAAUGCAUUAAGAGGCAGCAUCAAAACCCUCACUAGGCUGUUGAUCUGCCUUUUCUUGCAAACUCUGAAGGGAAAACUUUUGGUCAUCUGACAACACGACUCAUCCAAACCUGCUGUACGUGACGAUAGACUGAGAAUGUGAUCACAACAAGAUGUUCACAAAUCUGGACUUCAGUGAUGACUAAUGCACAAAUAACCCUUGAAAUUGUGACCCACACUAAGCAACCCCAAAAAAUGCAGUUUUAUGUUAAACAUGAUCGGUCUUGUGGUCAAUCAUUUCUUCCAUUUGUUGUUUAUUGACAAACCAAAAGUUGCCUCAUUUUGUGUCGAUUUGGAACUGUAUGUGUAAAGACACAGACUGUCCUGUGUAUUUGUGUUGGUAGAAUAGAUAAAAGGGGAUUGUUUCAUGAGCAAUAUGCCUCAUAAAGAUUUCAGUGAACUUUGA